UUUCUCCCCUCCACUCCUGGCCGCUCCUUUCCUUCCGUCUACUCCGGCCUCAGCUUUUCCUCGGGAGCGAAUGAGAGCAGGUCCUGUUGGGGGGGGGGGCGCUUGGAUAAUCUUGGCUGCUCGCCGCCACCGCAGACUCGGCUGGGAAGGAUCACAAAGAUAAAGUUGGGGAAGAAGGAACACCUCUGGGGUGGAGGAGAACAGGAACCCUUUGGAUCUAAGGUCAGGAACCCUUUGGAUCUAAGGUCUAGGAACCAUUUGGAUCUAAGGUCUAGGAACCAUUUGGAUCUAAGGUCUAGGAACCGUUUGGAUCUAAGGUCCAGGAACCAUUUGGAUCUAAGGUCUAGGAACCGUUUGGAUCUAAGGUCCAGGAACCAUUUGGAUCUAAGGUGCAGAACCUUCUACAGACCAUGCCGGGAUCGAUGCUGCUGCUGAUGUCCCUGCUGGUGCUGGCCACAGGAAGUGAGUCCAGAAGGAUCAGGAAGAGAGGACUCAACCACAAGGACUACGAGUACCCCAACCAGGCACAGUCCACACAGCACCAGAAGAACGACCGCUGCCCCCCCCCACCCCAGAUGUUGCCAGAGAGGGCCUGCGAGGUUCCGGGCUGUCGCUCGGACUCCGAGUGCGAGCGCCACAAACGCUGCUGCUACAACGGCUGCAUCUACGCCUGCCUGGAGUCCGUUCAGCCUCCACCCGUCCUCGACUGGCUGGUCCAGCCCAAACCUCGCUGGCUGGGGGGCAACGGCUGGCUGCUGGAUGGCCCAGAGGAGAUGCUGCAGGCUGAAGCGUGCAGUACGACGGAGGAUGGCGAUGAGCCUCUCCACUGUCCGACAGGCUACGAGUGUCACAUCAUCAACCCUGGCAACCCUGCGGCUGGCAUCCCCAACAGGGGACAAUGCAUCAAGCAGCGCCCCAACUCUGAUGGACGGGGGCUCAGGCACAAAUUCUUCAAGGACUACAAGGACUACUUAGGUAAGUGAGGUACCAGUCCUAACCAUGCGGUCGGCUACGACAAGCACCACAAGCACCUGGGAUGAGGAAUCUUUCUUUGGUUUUUCCGGCUUUCCUCUUUUAUGCUCUAUCUGGAAUUGAACCCACUACUUAGUACGCUUGAAGAAAUGACCCCACCAGUUAGUACGCUUGAAGAAAUGACCCCACCAGUUAGUACGCUUGAAGAAAUGACCCCACCAGUUAGUACGCUUGAAGAAAUGACCCCAGCAGUUAGUACGCUUGAAGAAAUGACCCCACCAGUUAGUACGCUUUAAGAAAUGACCCCACCAGUUAGUACGCUUGAAGAAAUGACCCCACCAGUUAGUACGCUUGAAGAAAUGACCCCACCAGUUAGUACGCUUGAAGAAAUGACCCCACCAGUUAGUACGCUUGAAGAAAUGAACCCACCACUUAGUACGCUUGAAGAAAUGACCCCACCAGUUAGUACGCUUGAAGAAAUGAACCCACCAGUUAGUACGCUUGAAGAAAUGACCCCACCAGUUAGUACGCUUGAAGAAAUGACCCCACCACUUAGUACGCUUGAAGAAAUGACCCCACCAGUUAGUACGCUUGAAGAAAUGACCCCACCAGUUAGUACGCUUGAAGAAAUGACCCCACCAGUUAGUACGCUUGAAGAAAUGACCCCACCAGUUAGUACGCUUGAAGAAAUGACCCCACCAGUUAGUACGCUUGAAGAAAUGACCCCACCAGUUAGUACGCUUGAAGAAAUGACCCCACCAGUUAGUACGCUUGAAGAAAUGACCCCACCAGUUAGUACGCUUGAAGAAAUGAACCCACCAGUUAGUACGCUUGAAGAAAUGACCCCACCAGUUAGUACGCUUUAAGAAAUGACCCCACCAGUUAGUACGCUUGAAGAAAUGACCCCACCAGUUAGUACGCUUGAAGAAAUGAACCCACCACUUAGUACGCUUGAAGAAAUGACCCCACCAGUUAGUACGCUUGAAGAAAUGACCCCACCAGUUAGUACGCUUGAAGAAAUGAACCCAGCAGUUAGUACGCUUGAAGAAAUGACCCCACUAGUUAGUACGCUUGAAGAAAUGAACCCACCAGUUAGUACGCUUGAAGAAAUGAACCCACCAGUUAGUACGCUUGAAGAAAUGACCCCACCAGUUAGUACGCUUGAAGAAAUGACCCCACCAGUUAGUACGCUUGAAGAAAUGACCCCAGCAGUUAGUACGCUUGAAGAAAUGACCCCACCAGUUAGUACGCUUGAAGAAAUGACCCCACCAGUUAGUACGCUUGAAGAAAUGAACCCACCAGUUAGUACGCUUGAA